AUGCAGGAUAUCGACUACUCCGCUACGACCGCACUCGUGACCGGCGGCUCCUCUGGGAUAGGUCGUGCAAUCGCAAAAGAACUCGUGAAGAGAGGUGUCCGUCAACUGGUUCUUGUCGCUCAGAAUGAAGGAAGACUGGCCGAAACAGUCAGCGAGAUUGAGGGUUCUACACCAGGAACGACCGUGCGCACGAUCAAAACCGACUUGAGCCAACGAGAAGGCCCUGAAAAUGUACAAAAGCAAGUCCAAGAAUGGGGUUGGACAGUUGAUCUACUGGUAAACAACGCUGGCUUCGCCAGGAAGUACUAUUUCGCACGUAACCCCGAGACCGACACCUCGUUGGCUACUGUCGAUCUUAUGGUCCGUGCCGUCGUUGAUCUAAGCCUCCGUUUCAUGCCAGAAAUGAUAAAGCAAGGCAAGGGUGGCAUCUUGAAUGUCGGGUCCACUGCUGGGUACCAAGCAGUUCCAUACACGGCAAUGUAUGCGGCUAGCAAGUCAUUCCUUAUGUCAUGGUCCCAAGCGGUUCAUCAAGAGAAUCUUGAAACUGGAGUCCGAGUAGCUUGUGUCGUGCCGGGCAUUACUCAGACCAAUCUCGAUGGCCAGGGGCAUGGCGAAACGCGAGGUGCCAUCGACAAAGUUGGCAUCGAUCAGCCUGAGGAUGUAGCGAAGGUCGCGGUGGACGUAUACGAAGCCAACGAAUCUACUCGUGUAGUUGGCUGGAACAACAAGAUUCAAUCGACAGUCUUCAACCUGAUUCCUGAUUCCAUCACCAGCGGCAUUAUCGCUUCGGCGCGAGGGCCACCAGAGGAGAAGUGA